AUGCCGAGCAGCAGCAGAUCCCGUCUAGCGGCGGCAGCUCAGUCCUCGGGCCUUGAUGCAGCUGCUGUUGCUGCAGCUGAUGUCUCAGCUGCUGAUGCGCCACACAAGUAUUCUCAACGGGUCAUUUGCGCCACGUCGAUGGCCGAAGAUGCACCACCAGCAGAACCUGCAGCAGCAUUUGCAGCAGCAGCAACACACAGUAACGUGAACCUAGUGGAGAAGAAGCUGCAACUUUGUAGCGCGGCAGAUAUUUGUCUGAUCAAAGGCACAGUAUCGGCUCUUGCAUCUGCAUCCCUGGAACCUCAGGUUGUGCAGCAGUUGUGCAGGUCCUUGCCUCAUGACCUUCUGAAGGACUUUCCGCCUUCCUUGCUGUUGCUACUGCACGAGCAGCAGCAACAGCGACACCAGAAAGAUGAGGCGGAACAAACAUCCCUGCUGUGGGGUCUGGCUGCAGCACUGCAGAAGCGUUGCAGUGGCUGGAAGGGAACGCCUUUCUGCGCAGCUCAAUCAGCUCCAGCAACGGACGUAAAAGCAGCUUCAACAGAAGGUGCAGCAUCCGUUCCUGAUUUUGCAGUGGCUGUUCUGGAGGCGCAAACGAAAAUUUUGCAUAAACUGCGAGAGGCCUUGCUAGAGCCUCUUACUGAUUCUAUGGAAAUUCCAGAAUUCGGCUAUGUUGCUACGGGCCAACUGGCGCGGCAUGUUCUUGAGCUGCUGCGGCACAGCUGCAGCACCAACACCCAGCAGCGGCCUCAGCAGGUGCAGCAGCUGCAGCAGCAACUCCGCAAUGCCUACUACAGCUGCCGUAGCAGCAGUAGCAGUAGUAGCAGCAGCCAAGCCACGUGGUGCCCCCUCUCUGAUGAGCAGCUGUUACAGGCUGGGCGUGAGCUGCUUGCAGCAGCAACGCAUCUGUUUCCCUCCGAGUACUUCCAGCAGCAGCUGCAAGUGCUGCCGCAAGAGGGUACGCUGAGAAAUUUGUUGCUCAAGACCCCCAAAAGCGGCGGGUUCCCUCCUAUAAACGCAAUCAACCCACAACUCAUCUCUCGCCCUCUCAACGAUCGCCAAGACGCAUGGAUUGACUUGCUGCAGCAGCUGCUGCUGCUCCAGCCUCCAGGGCAGCCUCGCAUGAAUUGGGUCGUUGCUGCGGGUCUCGACGUGCUGCUACUGCAGCUGCUGCUACGGUCCUCUCUUCCCCUUAUUCGUCCCCUACUGCUGCCCCUGUUGCUUGACUCCUGUGGUGUUGACCUUGAGCUAGAUCAGCUGCUGCAAGAGCAACAGCAGCUACUGCAGAGUCAGCAACCGCUGUCUCAGGAAGAGCACCAGCUGCAGCAGAAAUUCUUGUUUGCCGCUGCUGGUGCCAAGGCCCUUAGAGACGGCCUGUAUAUUGUCGCUUCCGUCACCUUCGUGGAACGUCUUGCUGGUCCUGCAGCUCGACCUGCGGCACCGGCUGCACCUGCUUCUAGGCCACACGCCAGUGUGCAGCAACCCUCCCCAGCGACUUUCUUUCAGACGAGCAGCAGCAGCAACGAAAAGGACGGUGGCAGGGGCAACAGCAGGAUGUGCGUGUUCAAGCAGGUCGCAAGGGCUCUGGGAAGCCGCAGCAGACACUCCAACAGCCCAAGCGGAGUCGUUGCAGAUGUGCUCGAGCUGCUGCUACUGGCGACAUUUCAGGGCGACGGAGCGGCACCUGGAAGCAGCAAUAACAACAGCAGUGGCCACAGACACCUGCAAGCUGCCUUGCUAGACCUUGUUGACCACACAACCUCAGCAGCAGCAGAAGCAGCAGCAGCGGUGGGAGCAUCAGGGGAUAUGCCUGGUCUCAAUUGUGGCUGUGGAGUGUCUGCUCACCUCUUUGGCGCGCUGCUACUGCUCUCGUGUCCGCAGCAGUGGGCGUGCGACAGGCUCUGCUCCCUUGCUUGUAGCAGCGUGGACAAUAGCCCCUCGCUACUACUGCAGCCUGACUGUCUGAUAGAGGCGGUGUCCCUCAUGGGAGACGCCCCGCGUCGAUUCGUCUGCAAGGCCGCCACACAUCUGCUGCUGCUGCAGCAGCAGCCACAACAAGAACAGCAGCAGGAGGUGCUGCGCGCCUGCGCCUGCCUCAUUGACAUGUAUGACCCCUGCCUUCUGGAAGAAUGCAGCAGGGCACUGCAGCAGCAAGGGCGCAGCAGCUGCUUGCUGCAGCAGCAGGAGCGCCUCUAUCAUCGCCUAUUGCUGCAGCGUCUGUUUUCUGUGUCUCUGCAUCAGCGGCAGAGCGCAGCAGCAUCCCUGAAGCGGCUAUUGCAGCUGUCUGGUCCUUUGCUGACGGAUCCCGUCGGCACAGCCUUGAGGCUGUGUGCAGACCGGAAGCAGGAGCAGCAGCGGCAGGUUUGUGGGCAGCUGUUGGAUGAAACAGAGGUGCAGCUCCUCUGUGCUGCUGCUGCCAAUAGGCGCCUUUGUGCCGCAACCCGGACGGAGUCUUUGGAUACUCUUCAGGUGUAUGUUUACUCCAGCCAUGCGCACGCGAUGUCGUUCCUGCGCAACCUUUGCUGUUCCCUGCUCGCAGCUCUGCCUGAGUACUUACCAAAAGGAGGCACAGCUGCUGCUGCUGCUGUUGCUGCUGCUUCGGCUGCUGUAACGGCGGCGGAGGUGGGCGCUGCAUCUUGUAGUGGUGCAGAGGAGCCCCUUCUUCUCUCAAUGCUUGAACUGCUGCGCCGUGCAGUGCAGUCGCAGGAGCAACUGCAGGAGCUUCUGCAACACCAAGAGUUGCAUGCGCACCAGCAGCAGCAGGAUCAGUACGCGUUGCUGGCUGGAGCAGCUCGUGUGUUAUCGCUUCCGCUGCUGCUGUUGCCACCCGGCGAUCCUCUACUGCACCCCAUACUUGAGGUGUACUGGCACCUUCUUGGGGACGCCUUGGUGUUGCUGUGUUUCUCCAAGCCAGAGAAUUUGUCCCUCGCCCUUCUGCAGCUCUGUGCGGCUCUGCUGUUCCACCCGCAGCAGUCUUUAUUGCUGGCGCACCGUUGUUGCUCGGUGAACCCGCAGGUAGAAGCGCUCCUGCGGGAUCAGCAGCCUCAACAGCAUGUGCAACACCAGCGGCAGCAGCCCAGACUGCUUCUGCCGACGUGGUUGUCUCUGCGUGUCGAGCUGCCUAUGGAAACGGCCACCUUCAGCUGCUUCACUGCAGCACAAGCUGCGUGGGCUAGCCGCAGCGAAGACUUGGCUUUCCUCGUGGCUAGUCAGCUAGUUAGCGAUCGUUCUGCUCUCAAUGCAGCAGCAGCAGCUGCUGCUGCUGCCUAUGCCGCUGCUGGAGACAAUACAGCGCGCCCGCCGCAGGAGAGUCAGCCUGGGAUAGAAGACAGAAGCAAGUGGAGUAGCCCAUCUUCCGGAGCGUCGUCUGCGAUAGUAGAUGAAGCAACAACAGCAGCAGCUGCAGCAGCGACCGAGUGCAGCGUGUGUCUCUGUCGUUCGCAGCCUGUGUAUUUGGAGUCUGCGUUUUCAGAGCCUUCUCCUGUCAGUACAAACAAUAAAACUGAACUUUCCCUUGUCCGCCUGAGCCUGUCUCGCAAGACAGUGCAGCAGCUGCUGAUGCCAGCCCACCCCACAUUGAAUAAACUCCUAUGUGUCUUAUCUCACCCUCCGCUGCUGCAGGGGUCCCUACCACCGCUGCGACUGCAGCAGCAGCGAUUAGGUGAUAGCUGCUCUUCACUUCCAACCGCCGCUGCUGCUUCGAGUCCUCCCCCUGCUGCUGCUGGCAGUAACCCGCCUUCUGAUGCUGCUACGUACGCCGAGGCGUUGCACUGCUGCAGGAAGAUAGCGGCGGCGCUGCAGCUGCCGGGGGACUCUGCUGCUGCUUCUUUCUGCUGCCUCCGCCGGCGAGGGCUUGCAGCAGCAGCAGAAACGGCGCGCUGGUGCUGUUGCUGCUCUCUGUCUCUAGCUUCUGCCAAGGGCUUACGGGCUGUUGCUGUUGCAGUGAAACGGUACACAUAUCCCUACCUGCAGGAGCUGGCGCAGCAGGUGGCAGAGACAAUGCUGGGGGGUGAAGAGCAAACCGCAGCAGCUACGGGUGCAGGAUGGGGGGAAUUGGUGGAGCAGCAGCCGGCCUCUGGUGGUGCUGCUGCACUUUGCAGCAAUGAGAUCGACCUGCUGCUACGGGGCACGCAGCUGCUGACAGAGUUGCUGCCCCUAGCAGCAGUUGCUGCGGCCCCUGCAGGAGCAGGCUCAGGGGGCCGCGGCAACUGCUGCCGCCCCUGCAACAGAAGUAUCAUCGGCGGCGAAUGCGAGUGCUGCAGCAAGUGGUUGGAACUCCCGAACCUCUCGCAGUUUUGUGGGAGCCUCCUCGGGGUGUCUAUGCAGCUUCCACUGCUGCGCCGGGCGGCUCUGCAACUUGCUGCUGUUUCUCUGCCGCACUCUCUUCCUCCGCGCCCCUGCAGUAGUAACAGGAGUACUUGCCUGGUUCGAGCGCAGAUAGACGAUUUGUUGACGCUACGAUCGGGGGCCUUCGCAACAGGACUAAGCAACAGCGGCAGCAGUAGCGUGCUGCUUCAACUGCAGCUGCAGCAGCUGCUGCAGCUGCAUUCACGUUCAACAGCGCAGGAUGAGGCAUCAAUGCAGGAGCAGCGACCCCUAGCAAAUGCGCUGGAGAGUCUGAAUGCCUGUAUCGUGCACAACUCAUUUGGUGUUGUUGCUGCUGCUGCUGCUCAGGCGGCAGCAGAGUGGCAGGAGCUAGCGGCAACAGGCACAGCAGGCAUCGCACAAGACCACUACCAGAUAAACUUGCUGCAGCAGCAAGUGCAGCAGCAGCAGCAACAGGAGCAGGCGCUGCUCGAGACUCAGGUCAAGCUAAUGCUUUCGUUUAUUCGCAAAGCCCAUCCGGAGGUCCGCGUGGCCGCUUGGCGCUGUUUGGGUGGAUGCCUUCAAAUGGCCACAGGCCUGCUGCAGCAGCACCACCAGCUGCACCUGCAGGAGCAGGACUUGUUGUUGCGUGUAUACUCUUGGACCUGUUCGGAAAUCUGUUACCGCUUAUUGCGGCGAGAGGGUAUGUUGCCUGGAGGAUUUUGCUGCUGCUGCUCGUCAAGUUGUAGGGAGGUGGCUGAGGCACUUCAGUGUCUGUCGACGCUGCGCUGGAGUAGCAGGUGCAGCAGCAACGGCGGCAGCAAGUGUGGCAGCGGCAUAUCUAAAGCAGGAACAAGAGGAGGGUGCCCGGCGUCUGUUGCUGCUGCUGCUGCUGCUCUGGAUGAGUGGGUUGCAAGUGACUCAUUCGUACACCGCACGUUUGCUGCCUUCCUCACGUGCAACAGCAGCAGCAGCAGCACGUUAGGUGCAGUGUCCUACAAGACGCAAUUAAAAGGCCUCAUUGCAGCUCUUGAACUCCUGUGCUGCUCCGCCGAAGAUCACGUGGGGCCCUUGUUGCAGCUUCUGCAGCAGCCACAGAAGCACCUGCAGCAUGCCGACCAGACAGGAAUACCUUCUUGCACUGGGAGCAGCAGUAUCCUGAGCAAUAUUGUUGCGGCAGUGUGUCCACAGUCGCAUCCCAUGGUGAUGUUGCCUGCCCAUAUAGCUUCUCAGGGUGCAGCGUUCUCUGCUACUGCUGCUGCUGCUGUUGCGGCGGUGGGAACACAAGACGCAGCCCCUGCUUUAACUGCUGCAGCAAAUGCAUUAGCACAUGUGGGGGGCUCUGUUUGCAUCCAGGAGAUAACUAAGUGCUGUAGAGCGUUGCAGUUGCUGCUGACGCUUCUGGAUGGAACCGACGCCCUUGGGCCGUUGCUUGGCAAUAGCAACAGCGCUGCUGCUGAUGAUGCUCCUGAAACGACGAGAGCUGGCACCGAGUCAUUCCUCUUGCUAGGGCAUGUAGAGAGACUCGUGCAAGCGGCGACGAUGUUGUUGCUGGGGCCUUUCCGUAGCAACAACGGCAGCUGCAGCUGCUGUUGUGGGGAGGAGCUUGAGAACUGGCAGGACAGGCGGAAUGCAGCAGCAGCAGCACCGGCAGUAGCAAAUGGGCGCUGCACGAGGGUCGUCGCUGAUAUUGUCCAUGAGCUUCUGUUGCUCAUGCUGCGGCUGUUUGUUGCGUUGCACGAACACACGGCGCUGCAGGUAGCGAAUCAGCUGCAAGGAGAGACGUCAGUCCUGCUGCUGCUGCUACAGCAUAGGGAGGAGUUAAAGCGGCAGCGGCAGGAGCAGCAGCAACUGGAUAACGAGUUGCUGCAGACGCUUCAAGGUGCCCCGCAGAAGGCACGCGCAGGAACAGCAGCAGCUGCGGCGGCGGCUGCGCAGCGGGCUGCUGCUGAAUAUCUUUGGGCCUCUCCUUCAUUGUGGCUGUUUAUUGUUUUGUGCCUCCAGCCCGCUUGUAUCGGCACGUCAAGCUCGUUUGGGGUGCCUCGAGAGGCAGCAGCACUUGCUGUGUGUCUGCUGCGGCUGUCGUACGAUUCAUCUUUGAAGUAUUUUAUAUCAUCAGAAGCCCGUAUGGAGGUGGAGGAGCUGACAGAUGCCCGGUUUCCGUUCUCGAGUGCCUCUCCCAUUCUGCUGCCUCCGCUGCUGCCACCUCUCCCACACGGACACCUGCAGAUGUACCGCACGAAGGAUACACAGCAGCAGCAGCAGCAGCAGCAGCAAUUCCUGAUACCUACUGAUCCGAGAAUGGCAGUGGGGCUGUUCACAGCCGCUGCUAGUCUCCUAUUGCAGCAGCUGCGUUGCCGCAGUCUUGCUGCUGCAUGCGCUGUCUCUAUACACCAGCGGAUUCCUCCAAGUUCUAGGCGCCACAGCACAGCAGGGACAGCUGGUGCAGCUGCUGCAAGCCCUACAGGCAGCAGUGGAAGAGGCCGUAGCAAAGCCUAUGGCCUCUUAUCCCCAUCGCCGAAGAUUCAGCAGCAUCGGCACCAGCGGCGCCCAUCGAGCAGCUGUUGCAGUAGUCCGAUGAAUGCCUCUAAGCUGUCUGCACACUGCACCUCUCGACCAGCUGCAGCGGGCACCAAUCCCACAAGGAAGCCGCACCAGCAAGAGCAGCAUGAUGAUUUUGUAUUCUGCAAUGAUUUUUCUCUGCAGCAACAGGCCUUGCUGCUGCAGCAGAACCGACAGGAAUACCGCAACAGCUGUUUGCUGCAUGCACUUGGCGAGCUGCUGCUGCUACUGUUUGCGGGGCACCCCACUGCGGCAACUGCUGCAUCGUGGACCCGCUUCAUUUUCCCCACGGAGAACAGCAGCAGCAGCAGCAGGAAGCCAGAGGAGCCGUUGCUUCUAACCUCCCAUUUGGUAGCAGCACUGGAGUGCCUUCUUCACGGAGCUCCUGCAGCGUCCCUACUGAAUUUUACUUCUGCUUUGGGUGGCCAGAGGCUCCAGCAGAAGGGUCCGUCCCUGGGGCAGCAGCUACAGCAGCAGCGAGACGAUGGUGUUGUGGGCUUGGGGUCGCUACUCAGUCAAAUUUCACUGUUGGGGGCGCCCAGCAGCGGGAAGACGGACGGAGUUUCUGGCCUGCUGUUGCUGGAGACGGGAGAAGCCCUCUUGAGACAUCGCCUGCAAGAAGCUGGGGUUGUUGCUGCUUUGGUGGACUCCGUGUGCAACUCGCUCAGCAGCAACAGAAACCGGCAGCAAAAGUUGCCGCCGCGUCUUCUGCGCAGCGUCCUAAUCCUGCUGCAGCACACCUUAGGGUCCAGCGUAGAAGCACAACCCCUAAUGCAACUCAUUGAAGUCCUUGCUGCUUCCUUGCGGCCCCGGUUGCACCAGCUGCUGCAGCGCAAUAACAACGGCAAGGCAGCAGCAGCAGGUGCUGCUGGUUCUACCCGCCUGCGGUGGAGCCUCAACCCUGUUGACAUGCUACUGCUGUCUGCACAGCUCGACUGUCUAGGCGCUGCGGCUGCAGCAGCAGCAACGGCAGGAGACAGGCGGUGCCUCGCUCCUCUGUUUUCAAACGGAGCUUCAGGCUCCUCAUAUGCGAAGGGGGGGCCGUUUGCAGGAAGCGAUAAGGAGUCCAUUGAGGACUUUGUUGCACCCCUUCUGCUCCCCGAGAUACCGCUGCAAUUGGUAGCAGCUCUACUGCGCUUUUUAGUAUCGCUGACGGCAGCAACAGCAGCAACCUUUGAAGAAACAACUCCAGGCGAACCUGUUGAAGUGCGACUCGCACGGCCGCAGGCAGUGGAUGAUGGUGUGUGUGUGUCCCCACGCAAAUCAACAGGGCACGCCGUGCCUCGAGCAGCAGCUCGCACUGUUUUGCUGCUGCAGCACACGCCUGUUUUUCAUGAUGCUUUGUUCUUCCUCUUCAUGGUCCGCCUUUCCCCACAGGCUGUCCUUCCCCAGGUGCUCCACAGUUCAGGUAGAGAAGCGCCGCCGCAGCAGCAGCAGCAGCACUGGGGAGGCGCCCUGCGCGAUGCACUGCUUCUGCUUUUACACGUCUUCCUCUCAGAUUUUCGCCCAGCCAGUAGACUCAAGCAGCAUGGAGAGCCUCUUCUCGCUGCUCUGCAGGAUUGGACUGGGGUUCUCCUGCACGAGUUGCAGCUCCAGAUGCAGCUAGAGCAUCCACAGCAGCAGCAAAAGCAACUGCUGAUCCUCCCGCUACUUCACGAAAUACGGCAUCUGCUGCUAAGGAGCGUCCGAGCCCUCAGCACCCUGGGGGCCCAUACUGGUACCCAAACUAAAUGCCUAGGGGCCCCUUAG